AUCAUGGACUCUGUAACAACAGGAGUCUCUCCAGGUCAAUACCUACAAAAUGAAGAGCCUGAAAAACUGAAACAUCUUUUUCACAGACUUCAUCUUGAAGGCAAGCACUACAAUAAACUGAGAACUGCAGAUGUUCUUCAGAUAACUGAACACUCAGUACAUUCCCAUGAGUCUUGUGCUGAGGAGUGGCUUGUUCAGACUUUUCUUCAAAAACUAUUGAUGAUGAACUACAGAGCCAGAUACAUUAAAGUUACAUAUAAAAAUGAACAGGAUCAGAUACAACAAAAACACAGUGAAUCAGCUGAAGACGACAGUGAUAUUUUUGAUGAAAUUUUUGAAAACAAAGCUUUCUCUAUCAAAGGAACAAGUCAUUCUGAGCGAAUCCACCCGAUGGAUGUUCAGAUGGCCGUGUUUCAUUGUGCUGAUGGUUUCCUGAAGCAGCUGAUGGUCACUAAACUGUCCCAGUGUCAGUACGCUCUGCCUCUGCUUGUUCCUGAUCCAUUCACACAACAGAUUGAGUUUCCUCUCUGGACAUUCAGACAAAUCCACAAGAGCUGGAAGAUCAGAAACACCAACAAUGAGAUCAUCAGUCAAACCCAGACGAUCUACAAGGCAGAAACUCCAUUGGUGUUUUUCUUCAGGUUUGGCUCUGCGUCUUCUUCCAAAUCUGAGCUGAUGAACAGUGUGAUCAAUGAGAGACACAACACGUUCUUCCACAGGAACUGUCCAGGCAGCAGCAGAACCAGAGUCCUGAUGGAUGGAGUGGUGGAGAUCGCCUGGUUCUGCCCCUCUGGGAAAGACACAGAUAAAUUCAGUGAGUGUGUUUCGUUCUGUAAUCUACAUGGUGAUGCAGGAGACCAUGAGAAACAGCUGCAGAUCCUCACUGAAAUGAGCUCAGUCAAUGUUGUUCUUCUACCCAGACUUCAGAGGAAUGACAAAAGUAUGAUAAAAAUUACACAACUCUACAAGACCUCAAAACCACUCAUUUGUCUUCUUACUGAGGAUGAUUUAACCAUUGUUAAGACAAAGAAAGGGAAAUUCAGCAUCGGCCUGAAAGACAGAAAUCAGUCAGAUGUUUCUGAAGAUCUCAGAAGAGCCAUAAAUGAUUGUCUCUCAGAAUCAUCUUCCACUUUCAGACUUGAAGAUGUGUCCAAACACUCAGACAUCAGAGUAGAUGAGGAAAAUGAUGAAGACUGCAGGAGAGGAAGAGCAGCAGCACAGCAGAUGAUGAGUUUACUGAAGAAGAAAGAUCUGACAGAAAUCAAAGAAUCAGUUCUGCCUCAUCAGGGGAAACUGUGGCAUCAGUGGAGUCAGAAGAACAAAGAACUACAUCGACCUCAAGGAGAUGAGAUAGAAAAGAAAAUUAGUGAAAAACAGACAGAAAUGAAAACAAUCCGCCAACAGCAGCAUGAAUCUGACAUCAGUGAGUUCAUGAAGGUCUUUAUUAAACAAAUUAACUCGCAUGCUGCCACAAAGAUGUUUUUUCUCAAAUGGCUCAGAAUCCUCCUGGAUGAACAUACAUCAGCUGAUCUUUCUGCUCUACAUCACAAGUAUAAUGAAAAGUGGUCAACAGUCUUAAAACUGAAAGAGAAUCAUGAUGAAUCUGAGCAACUCAAAGCUGAACAAACUGAACUUGAGAGAAUAUCUGAGGAUCUUCAAGCAGCAUCCUUUGGUCUGGAGCACAUCAUGAGGGAGAUCGGUCAGAUCUAUGAAUCAUGUUCAUCUGUGAAGAAGAACAAGAAAGACCUGCAGGUUCACUUCUCUUCUCUCCCGAGUCUUGCAGCAGAGAUGAUGAUCUCUGGAUUUCCACUGGAGCUGAUGGAUGGAGAUGCUGCUCAUGUUCCUCUGAUCUGGAUCUCUGCUGUUCUAGAUCAACUCAUCCAGAAACUGGGAGACCAGAGACUCUUUGUGCUGUCAGUUUUAGGGAUUCAGAGCUCUGGGAAAUCCACCAUGCUGAAUGCCAUGUUUGGACUCGAGUUUGCCGUCAGUGCUGGCAGGUGCACCAGAGGAGCUUUCAUGCAGCUGGUCAGAGUGUCAGACGAGAUGAAAACACAGAUGAACUUUGAAUAUAUUCUGGUUGUUGAUACUGAAGGUCUUCAUGCUCUAGAACUGGCUGGAAGAUCAACAAGACAUCAUGACAAUGAAUUGGCCACAUUUGUUGUUGGUCUUGGAAACCUGACAUUGAUCAACAUCUUUGGAGAAAACCCUUCUGAGAUGCAGGACGUUCUUCAGAUUGCUGUUCAGGCCUUCCUGAGGAUGAAGAAGGUCAGACUGAAUCCCAGCUGUGUGUUUGUGCAUCAGAACGUUUCAGACGUCACAGCUGGAGAGAGAAACAUGGAGGGAAGGAGACGACUGCAGGAUAAACUGGAUGAGAUGACAAAACUCGCUGCUGAAGAGGAAGACUGUGAUGCAGAAUGUUUCAGUGAUGUCAUUAGAUUUGAUGUUCAGAAAGAUGUGAAGUAUUUUGCACAGCUCUGGGAGGGAAACCCACCGAUGGCUCCACCAAACCCAAACUACUGUGAUAAUAUUCAAGAACUGAAGAAAACUAUUAUGUAUCAUGCCUCAAAAUCAGAUGAAAUCAUGGUGACACACUUAAAAGAUCGUAUUAAAGAUCUCUGGGAGGCUUUACUGAAUGAAGGAUUUGUCUUCAGCUUCAGAAAUUCUCUGGAGAUUUCAGCUUACAGGAAACUGGAGACCGAAUACAGCAAGUGGUCCUGGAGUCUUUGUAGUGCCAUGAUGGAAACUGAGAACAAACUACUCAACAAAAUAGAGAAUGAAGUGAUUCAUAAGGUUGAGGAAACCGAUCUUCAAAGAGAACUGAAGAAGUCAAGUAAAGAAGUGGAAAAAUCAAUGUCAGAAUUCCUUGAGAAAGACAUUGAUAAAUAUAUACUGAUUCAGUGGAAAACAUCAUUUGAAAUUAAAAUCAAAGAGCUUCGUGAAAAUAUUGUAAAAGAAACAAAUAAUAAAUUAAAUGAGAUUCUUCAGCAGCGAGACCUGAAGAAAAAAUUUGAUGCUCAGAGGACAAAUCAUGAAAACACUCUCUAUGAAAAGAGCAAAGAACUCGCCUUAAAACUCAGAGACAAAAAAAAUGAUGAAGAAACACUGAAGAAAGAGUUUGAUUUGUUUUGGAAACAGAGUGUGAAGAAGAUCAUCAGAGACACUCCUGCAAUCAGAGACAUUGAUGUAAUGAGAGAUGUGAGAGAGAUCCUCAGUGAAAUUGUUCCUGUAGAUCACUGCAUGAGGAGCAGAGAUAUAUUCACUGUGUCAAGUUAUUCAGAUUAUAUACAGUUAAAGAAAUCUAGUGGAAUUACAUCAGCUAUUAAAAAUGCUUACAAGUCAGUUAAAGAAAUAUUUUUUUACAUUCUAUCAAGAGAGGAUGAAGCCCAAAUCAGAUCAUUAGUCACAGAUGUUGGUCAGCAGACAGACAGAAUGAUUCAGUCAUUUAACAUCUCAAAGAUGGGCUACAACAUCAGCUGCAUUCAACAACUCACAGAUUACAUCAAGAAGAGAGUAACAGAACACCAGGAAGAGCGAGUGAAAUAUGAGUUCAAGAAUGAAUUCCUCACAGAUUUGGUUCUUUCCAUCUGUAAGAGAGCAAACAAGAUGAUCACUGACCAACACAGACUCUUCAGAGAAGCCAAUGAUCCUGUAAUAUAUAUUGAGAAGAAGAGGGAACAGUACUAUAGUAUUUUCCAGAAAUACUGUCAUGGAGAAACAUCAGCUGCUGUUUUUGGUGCGAUCAUCUGUCAGAAACUGAAAGAGUCCAUUGAGCAGAGUGUCUACAAGAAGAUCGCCAGAGAUUUAGCGAAUGAAAUGAGAUCAAACUGUGAAUCACUGAAUGGAAACAGAUCAAAUCUGGAGAAACACAUCCUGAAGACACUGGCAGAAGAGGAGGAUUUUGACAAAUACAUGGACUACAUUCAUAAUCCCAGAGAUCACUUCAAGAGUUUCAUCAGAGAUGAAGUCAGUCGGUACAUCACUGAUAAGUUCAGUGUCAGUGUUUUACCCAAGAUGAAGGAGAACAUUGAACUCCUGCAGCAGAAGAUCAUGAAAGCAGCACAUGAAUCUACUGAACAUGUUCAAGUGAACAGAGGAGAUGUGUAUUUGUGGUUGAAAAUUUUCACACAACAGAUCUCAGAUGAGCUGAUCUUCUCUGAAAAACACCUCAGUGGAGUGAAACAUGAUGGUCUUAUUAUGAUACUCGUAGAAGAAGUGAUAAAAAAGGGACUUCCUGCUAUAAUGUCACAUAUCAGCGAAGAGUUCAAAGAAGGCAAAGGCAAAUUUUAUGAAAAAUUGGACUUCAGGUUCAGACCAGAUGAGCUUCUGAUUGAUCUCUUCAAUCAGUGCUGUUGGGUUCAGUGUCCAUUAUGUGGAGCCAUCUGCACCAACACCAUAGAGAACCAUCCUGGAGAUCACAGUGUUGCUUUCCACAGAGUGAGAGGAAUUAAUGGGCAGUUUUACAGAGGAACAAGAAACUUGGCUAUUAGAAUCUGCACAUCAGCAGUAGCAAGUGAUCAAUAUUUUUACCCUAAUGACAGUAGAGCAGGAAGAGGAUAUGCAGACUGGAGCAUCACUCCUGAUCUCUCUGAACUGCCCUACUGGAAGUGGUUUGUGUGCAGAUUCCAGGAAGAUCUGGAAAAACACUACAGUAAAACAUUUGAGCAGAGUGGUGAGAUCCCAAACGAAUGGAGAGAAUUCUCAAAACAUGAAGCUAUUGAGAGUUUGGAUAGAUACAUGUAAUGCAGUGGAUAAAGAAUCAGACAUUUUGUCUCCUUUCAGAUUCAGAUCACAGUCAGAAUUGGGUUUCUCUUACACAUCAGUGAGACUGAAUGCAAUUUCAAUUUGAAAAAAAAAAAAAUAUAUAUAUAUAUAUAUAUAUAUAUAGAGAGAGAGAGAGAGAGAAAAAUAAGCUUGAAAAAUAAAGUUUUGAAUUAGAAUUUUCUAAAUGUGAAUUCUAAACAAAUAUAUUCAAGAUUUUUUUUAAACGUUUAUCAAAACUAUUUUGUUAUUGUGCUGUAUUUCUAUGUUUAAAGAGCAGACUUUCUGUUCUUCAUUUUUAUUGGUGAAAAUGUAUGUAGAUAUUCAGCUUAAUUAAUGAGUUGUUUAAUGAGUUUAAUAAAUAGAUAUUAUCCAUGUAACAAUUUUAUUAGUAAAUUUAAAGAAGGGUUUUCGUCACUAUGCAGUUUUUGUAGAAGUAUUUUGAAGAAACUGAAACAAUUGUACACUUAUUUUUCAAUUGUAAUUAUACAAAAUUAUUUUGGUCCCAAGUUUCUAUUUUACUUUUUUCUAUUUUCCACUGAUUUGAAGAUUUUUUAUGACUCUCUAACAUCAAUACAGAACAAUCGAAAAGCUGUUAAGACAUCUAAACUGUUGAAAAGAAUAUUUAAUGUAAUAGAAACAUGAUUGAUUUGUGAUAUAAGAUACAGAAUUUUGAUUUGUUUUAUAUAUUCAAAUGUCUUUGUAUUCCCCUACUGUUGUUUCAAUAAAAAAAAAAAAAUAAAUAAAAAAAAAAACAUUGGUCCGACGGCGACGUCGUGUCCCCGGCCAAAAAUAGUCGCGGUAGGACGGCAUAAAUCGGUAAAAAUAUGUAACACAGAACAUUUCCUAAAAAUGCAUUCAGAUAUGUUUGUACAUGUCUAUAGUUCAAUGGGGUUGCAUGUAUAAUUGUUACUUUGACUUUUAGCUGAGUGUAGUUCAAUAUAUACCCUGUUGUAAAUCGGUUGUGAGAGGACGUCACUAGGUGACGUCUUUUACACGUGUAUUACACGUCCAUCAUGACCCUCUGUUUUCAGAAAUUAUACUGUAUAAACAAUUCCCUUUCCUGAACCUGUUAACACACCUAUUGGUGAAAUAUGUUUUACUGGAAAAAAAAGGAAGAAAUUAUCAAAUAAGAACUUUAUUCCUUGAGAACACUGUCCAAACAAAAUAAAUGAAAUAACUUUUAAAUUGCUCCAUAAUAUUUAUUUACCCUGUCAAACAUUUUUUUAAGAAAAAAUUUGGAUCAGAUUUUGACACUAAAUGCUCCUUUUGUCAGAAUGAUACUGAAACACUUCUUCAUUUGUUUUGUAACUAUACUUUUCAGCUCUGGAAAGAUGUAAGUUCUUUUAUUUCAAGUACUAUCUUACAGGGUUUUUCAAUAAAUCCUAAAUCUGUUAUUUUUGGUUUCUUUACAGCAUAUUCAAAUGCCUGCUUUAUAAUAAACCUAAUUCUCUUUCUAUGUAGAUUUUAUAUUCAUAAAUGUAAAUUUUCAAAUUGUAAACCUAUUUUUCUAGUAUUCUUUCAAGAGAUGAAACAUUACUUACUCACAAUUUCCUCUCACUUAACAAAAAAGCUCUUAAAACAUGUACAGUUUGCAUGGCCUACAAACUCUUUACUGUAUUUAAUGUAUAAUUUGUAUUAAUUUGUGUGAUGCCCUCUUAUUUCUUUUUUUGUUAUGGUCUUUAAAGCUUUGAAUUAUGG